AAUGUAUUGAUUUUUAUGCUAACACGUGCCUUACAGCUGUUCAGUUGUUGACAUGUCUUGAACAAUUCUACAUGGCUCAGCUCAAUGUCCAGUGGAUAAAGGGAAGAAAAUUAAAUACAAACUAAAAUGUCGGUUGGAUUUAUUGGGGCUGGGCGAAUGGCCCAGGCCUUGAGUCGGGGCUUUAUAUCCAAAGGUGUUGUGAAGCCCCAAAAGAUGAUAGCCAGUGACAUGUCGGAAUCGGUCCUGCAAGACAUGAAGAAACUGGGUAUAAGGACCACUAACUGUAACAUUGAGGUUGUGGAGAGGAGCUACCUGGUAGUACUGGCUGUCAAACCGCAUACAGUGUCUGAUGUACUGAAUGAAAUCUCGGACUUCUUCACGGACGAGAAGAUCUUUGUCUCCAUAGCAGCCGGGGUACCUCUUGAGAUCCUUGAGGCGAAUUUACCAAGGGAAACACGUGUAUUACGUGCUAUGCCGAACACUGCCAGUUUGGUGCAUGCAGGAGCUACAGUUGUUGCACCAGGAAAGUCAGUACGCAAAGGCGACGCCCCAUUAGUACAAAAACUGUUCCAGACUGUGGGUCUGUGCUUCGUAGGAACGGAGGAUAAACUGGACGCGGUGACCGGACUCAGCGGAAGUGGACCAGCCUAUGCCUUUGCUACCAUUGAAUCUCUGGCAGAUGGGGGAGUUAAAAUGGGACUUCCUAGAGACAUGUCUACAAAACUUGCCGCACAGACCUUAUUUGGUGCUGCAAAGAUGGUUCUUGAAUCUGAUAAACACCCCGGCCAGCUGAAAGACGAAGUUUGUUCACCAGGGGGAACCACGAUCGCAGCCAUACACGAGCUGGAGCGCAAAGGAUUCCGAGGGACCAUCAUGGACGCUGUGGAAGCAUCAGCUCUGAAGGCCAAAGAAAUGGGUGAACAAGAACUCCAGAAACACGAGGAGUCUCUCGAAAUGGAAGCGCAAGUGGAGGAAAAAGAGGUGGAGAAAAUCAAAGCGCAAGCCUCCCCCAAAUAAGAUUGGAGCUCAUCAUCUCACAGGCUAUUUUAUAGGAGAGAUGGCGCCAUAGUUACUUAAUAUUUCUGAAUCCCAAGCCAUCAAGUCCCUGUGUUUGUACGCAUAUACGUGUCGCAGACACAUUAACAUACGUUUUUGCUGUUAGUUUCCGUUGUGCAAAGGACCAACUUAUUCCUCUGCAAAAGAAAUCAAAUGUUGUAUUUACAAUUAUUUUACAAAAAGCAUUGCCAGUAUUUGACCAUGUACAUAAUAUGUACAUAUGGAAUAUGUAUGACAGAUACUAGUACUUUUGCAAUUAAAGUUAUCUAUAGUUUAUUAAGUAAUUAUAGUUUAUACAUGUAUCUUACCGGUGGUUUAUACAUUUUCAGUCAAAUAGCACUGCUAAACUACGCUAUUUCUUCGUGCAGCAUUAUCAAAACAAUUUGAAAUUGCCAUGAUCUCAUUUGUUAUGAAGUUCAACUCUUAUUUCUUAUUAAAAAUAUGUACCUGUAUACAUACAAAAGCAAUAGAAGUAAUGUGGUCAAAUACCAUUUUUUUUUUGUAUCUAAACUUGCACUUUUUACUGACAAUUCUGUAAUAUAUUUACAUUUUGUGUUAGUGUUAUGCUAUUGAAUUAUUUUUAUGUUUUUUGUUAUAUUCACGAAUUAAAACUUUAUUUUUAAGUCUAGCUUGUUUUCAGAUCAUCACACUUCGAGAUAGUCUUUUAGCCAAUAGCAAAUCUUUGGACAUUGAUGAUAUCCGUAAACAACGGAUUAUGUAUUUUAAAAAAGAACUUUACCUUAUGUUUGUGCAUUUUUAAGUGAAAAAAAUAUUGGUUUUGAAAGCUGAGCUGAACAUUUUGACUGAAAAUUUCACUUCUUACCUAGUCGUACGUCUAUAACAAUUGGUCUCGAGAUGUAUGUGCCAUUGAUGAUAUAAAGUAAAUAUAUAAAAAUGAAUUAAAAAUAAUUAUGAAA